UCCUACUGUUGAAAUUGAAUAUACAUCACUUCCUAUUAAAAUUGUUUCUAUUAAUAUAAAUGGCCUUCUUCAAUCUAAUAAAAAACUUUUAAUAACUAAAGCUCUUAAUAAUAAUACCUAUGAUUUUUAG